AUGGCUGACCAGACGCUCGAACUGCCAUGUUGGCCACUUGCCCUACUACUCUCCUCGUCUCUCUAUUUCUAUCAUUACCCACCAGGCGAGGCCUUAGCCGAAAUCCCGACAGUCAGAUUCUGUCGCUUCCUUCCGGACUUCAUUAACCGGCUCAUGUUCAUUUUCGUGGCGCCUUACCUGAUCCAGUACGGUUAUGAGAAGUACAGAGAUCAGCCCUACCGUGUCCUCAAGGCAGAUGGCGACUUGCUUGUUUUGCCUCCAAAGUACCUUCCGGAGAUUCGUCACUUGCCUCCAUCCAAGCUCAGCGGCGUCGAUGCGCAAUUCGAGAACAUCCUCGGCAAAUACACGAAUGUUCUUAUUGAUAGCCAUUUACCUGUGAAGACGGUUCACAAGGGUCUGACUCCAGCUAUCGGUCGAGUUCUUCCUCGUCUCCUCGAUGAACUUCAGUUCGCAUUCCGGGUUGAAGUGCCUGACUGUGAUGAUCGCUGGGUUCCGGUCAACGUCUACGACAUGAUCCUGGGCCUUGUUACUCGGGCUACUUCUCGCGUCAUCGUUGGAGAGAACAUCUGCCGUAACCCACAGUGGCUGAAAACCGUCACCAGCUACACGGUCAAUCUUGGUGUGACUGUUAUUUUGCUACGUCCAUUCCCCAACUUCAUGCGUCCAUUGGUUGCCAAGGUGCUCCCGAGUGUCAAGAAGCUCCGCACUCAGCUACGCUUUGUUCAGCAAGAGCUUUUCAUCCCGAUGAUCUUGGCCCGUCGUAACGCAGAGAUGAAUGAUCCUGCAUACAAGAAGCCGGAUGAUUUUCUCCAGUGGAUGAUGGACCUUGCAGAGGACGACUUCGACAAGGAUCCCGCGAAUAUCUCCCAGAUGUUGCUUAUUGUGAUGGCUUUGGCGGUUGUCCAUACGAGCUCUAUGCUGAUGACCCAUGCUAUCUACGAUCUCAUGAUUCGGCCCGAGUACAUUGAGCCUCUGAGGGAGGAAAUCUGCGAGACUCUGAAAGACGGAUGGGACAAGGUGACUCAGGCUUCCUUCGCCUCUCAGCGUCGCCUGGACAGCUUUAUGAGAGAAUCACAGCGUUUUAACCCCACUGGAGAACUGUCUACUCACCGUAUGGUUAUGGAGAAGAUGGUUCUUUCUGAUGGCUUGGUUCUCGAGAAAGGCACGCAUAUCUGCUUCCCUUCAAAGCCUAUGGGAAUGGAUGAUUCUAUUGUUGAGGAUGCUUGUACCUUCAAGGGAUUCCGUUGGUGCGAAGACCCCGAAGCAAGAAGCACGAGCCUUGUUAGCAUCAGCCCGUCAAACAUGCAUUUCGGCUACGGUAGACAAGCCUGCCCUGGCCGUUUCUUUGCUGCGAACACGAACAAGGCGAUCUUGAGUCGCUUGAUUACAGAUUACGAGUUCAAAUUCGAGGACGACAACAACAAAAGACCGAGGAACCUCACUCUUGGGGAGCAGAUUAUGCCUAACAUGCACACAAAGAUUCUUUUGAAGAAGAGAGACAUCGUUUAG